AUGUUUAUGGAGGCUCUAUUCGCCUUCGAGAAUCUUCGGGUAAGCAAACACUUCGAUUGUGAUUCCUAUUCUCGAGCGAAUGAUUCAGUUGGUAAUUUUGAUGAAAUUCGUGAGAAAUUGGUUCAAGCCAACAUGCUGACCGAAAGGGCCAAUGCACUCCUCAAUGAAUGUCGUAGCAACGUGAGGUACUGUGUAUCCCUUCAAGUGCCCAUCCAAUGUCUUAACCAAGCCAAACGGGCUACUGAAGAUGCCUUUUCCAUAUUUCAGAAAAGUCAGAGAAUUCAAUGUGAGCCAGUUAUUGAAGUUCGGCGGGGAAAUGUUAGAGAGCGAUCAAUAAGUCUGGCUCGAAUGCAGUCCACUCUCAGGGAAUUAGAGGCUACUCGUGAUGACCCCGAGAGUAAUCCACUUGCUGUAACUUCGACAACUUCAGUCUUCAAUGAAUUGAAG